UUCCUCUCGAAAGCUUCCUUGCUUUCACAUGCUAUAAACUCCGACUUGGAAUUUAUACUGUAGGAUACCAUGGAAACAUAUACUAAAGAUAUAACACGCUAGAGAAAUUUCCAGAAGCUUCAAAUUUGAAUCCACACAUUUCCUUUGCAACUAGACAUGAGAGGACUGUUUUUCUUGUUCACUCUAACUGUGAGAGCUGCUACUGGGCACGGACUUGGAUAUGGAUCUGAAGGAUCUGGAUAUUCUCAUGCUGGAAGCCAUGAUGUUGAUUACAGUGUUCAGUACACUGAAAGCAGAUAUCACUUGAGGUAUAAAGAACCAAGAUGGUGUUAUCCAUUGAGUGUAGAAAAUGGGGUUGCAGAAUGCUAUUCACCAAGAGGUCCAUACUAUAGGAGCACGCUUGGAACACGAUGUCAUAUAUCUUGUGACAGAGGAUUCAAGCUCUUUGGACGAAGACAGGUUGAAUGUCAAGUGACCAGGCGCUGGUCAGGGAUCAGCAGAUGCAGAGAGGUGCGUUGUUAUCCCCUUCCAGUGUUUCCGUAUGGAUCCUAUGUAUGCUCUAAGGGGAUACGUAUGGAUUCUCAGUGUGAGUACAACUGUGAACAAGGAUACCAACUGGAAGGUGACAGGACGAGAAUAUGCCUACAGGACGGACAUUGGAGUGGGAUUGAACCUUUAUGUGUAGAUUACGAGCCCCCAAGGAUAAAGUGCCCAGGGUCCCGUGAGAAGGUGGCAGAACCAGGGGAGCUAACGGCUCAAGUAUACUGGGACCCUCCACGAAUAAAGGAUGUGGUUGAUAAACACAGCACAAAAAUAAUUCUCAAAGGACCAUCCCCAGGGUCUGAGUUUGAGAAAGGUGAGCACAUUAUUCGUUAUGUGGCCUAUGACAGAGAAAGGAACAAAGCCACUUGCAAAUUCACUGUGACAGUUCAUGUGAGACGAUGCCCUCCUCUGAGACCCCCUGCCAAUGGUUACAUCACUUGUACCUCUGGGGGCAAUAACUACGGGGCAACCUGUACUUACACAUGCGAAGGAGGCUACGAACUUCGGGGGGUCUUCAAACGAGUGUGUCUCUUCAGUCGGAGUUGGUCAGGAAUACCGCCAUCUUGUGUACGAAUUCAGAUUAAAGUUGAUGUGAACUCAGUGGCUGCUCUUUUGGACCAGUUUUAUGAAAUGCAGCACCUCCUCAUCAUUUCCUCUCCGAGUGCAUCUGACACUCACUACAGAAUGCAGAUAAACUUGCUGCAGGAGGCUUCCUGUGGACUUGAAUUGAGGCAAGUAACAAUAAUUGAAUUGAUUGGAAAUCAACCAAAACUAGUAGGACGUAUAAGGGAGCAGCAGCUUUCUUCAGAAAUUGCUAAUGAACUCAGACAAGUCUAUUAUUUAUCUGACAGACAUUUUGAUGUUGUCCUGGUUGAUAAAUAUGGCACAGACAGGGAACGUUAUAUUCAACCUGUUACACCUGGUGAGCUGUUUUCAUUCAUAGACGAGUACCUACUGAAGGUGGACGAGAGGGCUGCCCAACAACAAAAGGAAGAUUUCUGCACCUAAAGCUCAGACUUGUUGGCUUUCCUUCCAAUUUGCCUCAAACUGGAGGUUUAUCCUUUUCUUCACUUCCAAAGUAUCAUUUUUUUACAGCAGCUCUCAAGGAUAAAUAUCAAGAUAUCAAUUUAAUAUUGCAAUUUAGGUUAUUCAUUGUUCCAGAGGCGAUAUUGUCCAGCUCCCAAGGGGUAUGACCAACAGGUUUUGGGGUCUUAUACUUAUAAUUUGAAUUCAUUACAAUCCCUUCUUUUCAAGGCUAAGAUUAUCUUGCUGAUACCACAGCAAUUUUGGAUCAAUAAUCUAUCGUUUCUCAGCUUUCACUUAAAGGAAAUAGUGAAAUUUCUUACAAUGCAAACACAUCUUUAUAGGAUGAGAAAAGAUUGUCAAGCCUAACCAGAUAUACCUGACUGAUUUUAAUUCCAUGAAGAAGCUUUGUGCUAUGUAUGUUGAAUUAGAAUUUAUACUAUGUUCAAUUUAAGUUUGAUCUAGUUUAAAUGUAAACAUACUCUAUCAACCACAUAAAUGUACAUUACAGACUGCAAAUCCACAGGCAUUAAUGUGCACAUUACAUUGAUCAUUGAUGUUCAAAAGGAAAUAGUUGUACAAUUAAAAUUAGUAAUUGUUAUUAAGUUGUGGAACGCUGUUUUUGAAUGUCAGAUUAAAUAAGAUGAGCAUAGUUACUGAUAUUCUGGGAAUUGUGAUUUUCUAUUUACAGUUGUCAUGGCUGGAGGUAUGGGUUGUAUGACAAGGGGAAGACUCAUGGUUCAUUGAAAGUUUUGAUGGACAUCUCUGUAGUUGGAACAGUAUUCGUGUGAUUUAAUCUCAGUCUGUCAGCAUUUAAACUUUACGGUCUGUCAGACUAGCAAAAUAAGGGUAAUAUUGUCUUCCACAAUAGGUGAAAAACUGCUUUCAAUUUUAAUUUGCAAGGCAUUGUAAGUCUUUAUUUUUCUUAUAUUAUGAUAAGAACUGCAUGUUUGUAAAGUACUGUAUAGGAAUUAUUUGUACUGAAUAUUAUUCAUUUCUAUGUUAUAUAUUAAAUAAACUGCCUUCCGGUUUUG